AUGACGUAUAGUCCAUUAUAUUCAUGGAAAUCCUGUCCUGCGUUUGCUGGUAACAUACGUACUCUAUGUGUGAGCCCAUCUGAGACAUUAAUAGCAGUUGGUUUUUCUAGCGGAGUAAUAUCGUUAUUAGAGUCAAGAACUGGUAGAUUAAUUAAAAGUUGGAAAGCUGGAGACACAGAUAUAUCUCAUAUGAAAUUUUACACAAACAAUUAUCUUGUAUCACGCGCAUUAGCUGACCAUUUAAUUUGUAUAUGGGAUACUAAUACUGGCUCAUUAAUUAAUAAAAUUCGAGUUAAUUCUGACAUCGUAUCACUGAAUUUGUAUAAAGAUGAAGUUAUUACUGUUAAUAAUAGUAACACUAUUACGUUCACCCCAUUGAACGAGAAUUAUCAGGCAUAUUCAUCAAAAUUCAAAAGCUCAACAAUCAAGACAACAGUUACAAGUUCUGAAAUUUUACCCAUUAAUCAACUUAUAUUGCUGGGAUGUUCCGAAGGGAAUUUGUUUUUAUACGCUUAA